GCUGCUAGAAACGACUGCUUUCCGUCUUUGUUUUUUUUAUGCUGUUUUCGUGACAGAUUGGCCCCAGGAUGGAGGCUCCAGCUUGAGCACGUGCCAUCAACAACUGGUAAGCAGCCAUGUCCCAGCUCAGACACUUGGUUAACGAGUACGGAAGGAGUCGCCUCCGCAGCCUAGAGAAGCGCUCUCGCCUCGCGUUGGUUUGCUUUCUGCAUUCCUCGGCCUUUCUGAGAAGAACCGAACAGGCUUUCUGCUUGCAGCUGCAGCAGCCGUAGAACCGGAGUCAUGGUACCUGAGUUGCAGAAAAUAACUGUCCGGAUGAAGAAUCCUGAACGUGUAAAAAGUAUAGUUUCAGCACUCAGGAAAGGUGGAGCAGCAAGACUCCAGAUCAUUUCUGAUUUUGACAUGACUCUUACUCGGUUUGGCUUCAAUGGGAAGCGCUGUCCUACUUCGCAUAAUAUCAUAGAUAACUGCCGGGUCAUCAGUGAAGAAGGCAGAAAAAAGCUGAAAGAUUUACUUCAUCAUUACUAUCCUAUUGAAAUUGAUCCUUAUCAGACUAUGGAGGACAAACUGCCCCUCAUGAUAGAAUGGUGGACUAAAGCUCAUAACCUCUUAUCUCAGGAAAAGAUUCUGAAGAAUGAUAUUGCCCAAAUAGUGAAAGAAUCAGAUGUUAAACUCAGAGAUGGCUUCAACAUUUUUUUUGACCAGCUGCAUGAGAACAAAGUUCCCCUGUUCAUCUUUUCAGCAGGUGUAGGUGAUGUGUUAGAGGAAAUAAUUCAUCAGGCUGGUGUAUUCCACCCUAACAUCAAUGUGGUCUCCAACUAUAUGGACUUUGAUGACAAUGGUGUUCUGCAAGGUUUCAAAGAUCCUCUUAUCCACAUCUAUAACAAGAACAACACAGUCCUGAAGAACACAGAGUAUUUCCAGCAACUGUGCAAAAGAACAAAUAUCUUACUGCUUGGAGAUUCCAUGGGUGACCUCAGUAUGGCAGAUGGUGUUGCUGACAUGGAGAAUAUCCUCCGGAUUGGCUUCCUGAAUGACAGGGUGGAAGAACGGCGGGAGAAAUACAUUGAGGCUUAUGAUAUUGUACUGGAGAAAGAUGAAACAUUGGAUGUAGUAAAUGGUAUUUUACACUUCAUCCUUGCCCAAACUCUAUAUACGCUUCCUUAACUGUUGACAGCUAGUUUCCUUUUGGAAUAUUCUCCUCAGUGUUCUUUAACAUUGCCAUAAUCAGGGCCCAGCUAGCAUUAAUCUUGUUUUUACAUCUACUAUACUGCUAAUUAAAAUGGCAUCAAAUUUGUACCAAGAUAUCUACUAAUUUAGCAGACAAUUUUCUCUUGGCCAAAUUGCAACAGAAUCAGGACUUAUUUGACGAAUUAAAUACUCUUAAAAGAACAAUAUGGGAGUAAUAUUAUGGAUUAGACUUGUCUAUUGUUACUCCCUGUCUCCUAAAAUAGAAAAUAAUGGCAAUAAUAUGGUGCAAUCCACUUUUAAGAUACAUUGCAGUUAUUGAAAUAAUUUUGCUAAUAAUUUGGUAUUAUUGGUGAUGCUGUUUUAAUGCAUAUUUGUGGAAUGUGGGUUGAAGGGCUUUCUGGGUGAGUAGCUUUGUUGGAAUUCUAUAUAUUUGGGCAUGUUCUAAAUUGGAUGUGUGAGUGAAUUUAGGUGCCAGAUGUAAUGUAAAGUAUUUUUAAAAUAAGGUUAAUACAUAUUAGUCCCAAUAGUUAUUGAGCUUUUUCCAAUGAAAAUUAAUGUGUAACAAAUAAGUUUAACUCUGAUAAUUAAAAAGUGUGC